AGGUUCCAGUGGCUCCGUUGCAAAGGCCGGAUGAAAUGCAAUCAAACAAUUCAUGGAUGCACAACCCUCCGGCUAUGAAGACACGGUUUUUGAGUAAGGAAUUCCGACGAUGAUUACUUGGAGUUAUGACGGAAAAGAAGUGGCUGUCGAAGGCUCAUGGGACAAUUGGAAAACAAGGAAGCCGUUGCAGAGAUCGGGAAAAGAUUUCAUCAUAUUAAAGGUUCUUCCUUCAGGCGUUUACCAGUAUAGAUUCGUUGUUGAUGGUCAGUGGAGGUAUUCCCCUGAUGUACAAUGGACCAAGGAUGAAGCCGGCAACACUUUCAACAUCUUAGAUUUGCAGGAAUAUGUACCUGAAGACAUUGGAAGCAUAUCUGGUUCUGGUCCAGUUGGCCUGCAAAAAUCUUAUGGACUUUUGCUGAAUUCGAUCACAAGUCCUGGGACUUUAUAUUUUCUUGAUUAA